AUGUUUAAAUUCACUAAAACAUUACUGUCACGUUCUGCAUGGAAGGGACCAAACAUUGUAUCAUUACCAUUAAGACAGGCUAUCGAGAAAGGGACUCCAAUUAGAACACAGGCCAGGGCCGCUACUAUAUUGCCACAGUUUGUUGGUAUAACAUUUGAAAUACACAAUGGAAAGAAUUAUAUACCUGUGACUAUCACCGAAGAUAUGGUUGGACACAAACUUGGUGAAUUUGCAAUGACUAGAAAACCUGUUGUACAUAAGACAUCAAAAUAA